AUGUUGCUAGUCGUACUCGCAUUCUUCGCUUUGUUCGCUUCCAUAAAUGGUGAAGAAACGGGAAAUGUGGCCUUCACUGCUUCAAUCGACGAAUUCAAAACUAUCGGAGCCAACACGGUUGUGAAGUUCACUAAAGUUUUCACCAACUACGGCAACGCCUACAACAGCCUCACUGGUGUCUUCACUGCCUCCAAGACUGGCCUGUACGUGUUUCACUUCCACGCUCUUGCCCGCCAUAACUCUGGUUUCUGGUUCUGUCUCUACCACAACGAGGUUUGCUUGAUCAAGGCUCAUGGGAAAGUUCCAAAUGCCUUUGGGAUGGGAGGAAACACCAUAGUUCUCAGAGUCAAGUCUGGCGAGAGAGUCUAUGUGAAAACUGCUUCAGCCUCGAACCUCCAGGGAGACGGCAAUGGCCAAUACGCUACUUUCACUGGGUACUUGAUCAGUCUGUGA